AUAUGUCCAAUAUCGAUAGGACCAAUGAAAAUAUCGAUGGCUUGCCACCUCUAGAGACGCUAUUUUAAAGUACUAGCGCGGCAACGAAUUAUAUUUUAUUUUGAAACAAACAGCUGCGCAGUAAAAGUACACAGGCCAAAAUGGGAUCCAAAGCAACCAAAAUGGAGGGUGAAUAUCUGCCGGAUACGCCCACACUGAACAAAAUGCGCCUUGCCAGCCAGAGAAACGAGAAUUUGGAAAUGACGCCAACUAGGGAGCAGCUAAAUCCACUCGAUCCCCGCUCUCCAAAUGGUUGUCGGACACCGCUGAACUUUUUGCAGACUGAGCCAAGAGUACAGGAUUUUAAGGACGCAAAUCCAGUGGUUCAAAGUGAAAACGCUUUUUCUCAGCUGCGCAAGCGUCUUUUAAAAGGAUUCUCUCUCAAUGAUCCUCGCUCGCCGCAGUUAAACCGAACUCCUUUGGUUCUAGACGAGGUGCGCUCCCUUAAUAUGGAUGACACCUUUGCCGACCUUUUUGUGGACACGCGGGCGCCAUCAUCCCGCCCAGAGGCACCGGACACCCCGUCUACUCCUGUAGAUUCGGCCAUUGCUGACGAAAGUUGCGAUAGCUUUGGAACCCCACCAAUGGAGCACAAUAACAGCUCACUCGAAAUCGUGUCCUUGCCCUACGAUGAGGAGGAGACCAUGCCUUGCGAAGCUAAGCUGCAAACCACUCCACCACAGCAGCUACAUGUUGAUCCACGCUCUCCGAGCGUUGGAGUAGAUCGUACCCCGAUCAUCUUCUGCGACGACGAAGAGGAGGAGGCGCGAGAGGCUCAGAUGCUGGAACAAAUUCUCGAAACGUUGACACUUAAUCUUAGUACUGAUAGUAGCAUGGCCUCGUUUGCCUGCCCGCCGAACGAACCUAUUUCAGAAGAAUCUUUCUUGCCGUCCAACAAACACUUGGAGCGAGUGCGUUUGGGACACAAGCGUCGAAUUCCGCCCCAAAAGCCGGCCCGAGCCAACAAGCCAAAAAUUUUCGUUGAUCAGGAAUCGCAGGUCUACAGCGGAGCGAGCAUAGCUAAGUCGAGCAAUACCCCGCUAUCGGCCCAAAAGCGUACACCGCUUAGUUGUGUUAAGAACCGGGAGCACCUUCGCUCCCAGUCGACAGAGAAGGACUUGCGGCAGACGCCUCUCGCCCAGCAGAAUGGCCAGGCCAACAAAAUGGCACUACACGGGCGCCGGUUAAUAACUGGCGACGCACUGAACGGCUGAAAGGUUUACUAACAAUGGCUUAGUACCUUCAGCUGCCUUAUCACCCACCUAUAUUUUACCAAAUUAUCAUAUUUUUCACAAUUUACACGCAUAUCUAUACGCAUUUAUUAUAAUUAUCUUCAUUUUAUUAAAGAUUUUUACGGUUUACAA